CUAAAAAUCAGCCAUGAAAACAUUUAAACUUCUUUAUUUGGUGCAUUAACUUAACAAAACACAAAAAAACAGCAUUCAUAAAUAUUCCAUAAAAAUAUUUUAUGUCUAGAAGAACUUUUAAAAUUUCUUAAACAUUUAACCCAAAGGACUAAACUAUUAGUGAAUGAACCGAUUUGUUGUGACCGCUGAUGAGUGAAGAGCACUAAACAAAAACACAAAACAUGAAUAGUUUAUUUACUAAAACGUUAAGAAACAAUAAUUUGGGACGGGUUUUAGUACCAUUAGCAGUUUUAGGAAAUUGUGAUAUUAUUCUACUUCGGCAAUUUUCACAGCAGGGAUCAAAACUCGCCAAAUUAGCUGAAGUAGGGCGAUUGGAGUCAGUCAAACUAGAUGGAAAAUAUGAGACAGGUCAAUUAUUCCUACAUCGCAUAUUUGGUUACCGUGGGGUUGUGCUUUUUCCAUGGUCUGCACGAGUGUAUGAUCGCGAUCUACAUAAUCCCAGCAAGCAGAAACAACGAGUGAAUGCUGAUAAGUCGUCCACUGGGGCCAUUGCAGCAGAAAAAAGUAAAAAUAACGCAAUAGGAGAAGCAUCAAGUGAACAAGGAAAUUCAGAAGCUCAUGUAACUAACGGAGGUGAAAGUGACAACUCAUCUUCGUCCACCAGUGGUACAGAUUCGUCUGUAAAAGAAGUAAAAGGCAAAGUUCACACCUUCUACCAAGUUCUGAUCGAUUCACGCGAUUGCCCAUACAUUCGCGCACAAACUGAGGCUGUAACAUUUCUGGGAAAUCAGGAUUCCAACCGCAGCCUAUAUGCUAUUCCCGGUCUUGAUUAUGUUGCCCACGACGAUAUAAUGCCAUAUACGUCGGGAGAAAAACAGCCCCUACAACAUGAACUUUUCGAUAAGUUCUUAACUCAUGUCCCGGGCAAAGACCCACCGUUCGAGGGACAAGAUACAUUGAAAGCGUGGCAGGAAAAAAACCAUCCUUGGUUGGAACUGAGCGAUGUUCAUAAGGAGACAACAGAUAAUAUACGUGUAACUGUGAUACCGUUCUAUAUGGGUUGUCGGGAAACUCCCGCUUCCUCUGUUUAUUGGUGGCGCUACUGCAUUCGUUUGGAGAAUUUAGGUGUGCUUAGCGUCCAAUUACGUGAGCGCCAUUGGAGGAUUUUCUCCCUUUCAGGCACUUUAGAAACGGUACGUGGACGUGGCGUUGUCGGUCAAGAGCCAAUACUUAGUCCACGUCUUCCGGCAUUUCAAUACAGCAGUCAUGUCAGCUUGCAAGCACCUAGCGGUCACAUGUGGGGUACAUUUCGUUUAGAGCGUGAAGACGGUCACACUUUUGAUUGUAAAAUACCACCUUUUUCUCUUGAAAGUAAACCUGAAGAACCCGGUACUGGGCUAUCAUCUAGUACUGGAACGAAUAAUGACAGUAAGCCCGACGUCAAAUAAUAUAAAUUUCAUAAAUAAAUUGUUAUUCUAACAUACGGUUGGGUAACAGAUGGGAUGGUAUAGAUUGACAUAGCCUAAUUUUGGUAACACAAGUUGACAAGAGUAGUAAGUUUAAGUAGUCCACAUUUAGUGCAUAAAUUAUUUCUCUAUAACAAAAUGUUUGUGUAUAUAAAUAUAAAGACAUUUCAAACAAUUCGGAAAAUAAAUUUCAAAGAUUUUGUUUGUUGAGCUCGGA